CGGUGGGGUAGGAGUCUAGAAUACUUGGUAGAGCGUGUGACUGUCUGGGAUUCAAGGGUGAUGGUUGUCAGUGUAGUAGAGGGAAUCAAUGUGCCCACACUUAGUAUGAAGAGGUUUCCGAGCACUGGUUCAUAACGCCGAGUUGUUAUAAUGGAAAUCACGUCAGGCAGCAACAGGCAUUCAUUCACAGCACACGCGGAAGGUCGACGCAGGACGCUAACACCAAGGAACCUUCGCCACCCCAGCAAGCAGGCUGUCGUGAUGUUCAUCCCGACGAGACCGCCGGAAACAGACUCAGGGCUCGGCCGGUUCGACCUCAUCCUUACAAACGUGACGGAGUACUCGCCAGGGAUCCUCGUCAUCGGUGCCGAGCACACGGUGACGGAGCCGCAGACGCCACCUAGCGGGUCAUCCAAGGAGGCGCCGUACGGGUCGUGGAUGUCCCCCGUCAGCAGUGACCUGGUUGUGCAGCCCGUCAGCAUCGUCGUGGAGCCGCCCAGGACCGACCCCGUGACAGGUCUCGUAUUUUGGAGCGAAGAGCUGAAUGGCCGCCGAGCCGUGUAUCACUUCGACCCAGACACACGCGAGGUCGUGCGCUGGACGGACCCUGAGUAUGAUGUGAGCACCCGCGUUCACGAGUACGGCGGCGGCUCCUUUACCGUCUUCAACAACACGCUCUAUUUCUCCCGAGGCGAGGAUGACGCAAUCUACCGGCAGGACGGCCCAGGAGCUCGGCCCUCACGCCUCACGCCCAUCUCCAAGAAGAGGUACGCAGACGGGAUGUACAGUUCCAAGUGGAACGCCCUGUUUUUAGUGAUGGAGGACCACUCGGGGGUAGAAGAAGACAACUUCCGGGAGCCAAGGAACCACAUCGUUAUGGUGGACGUCGCCACGGGCAAGGAGGAGGUGAUCAUGGAACACGCGGACUUCUUCGCCUCGCCGCGGGUCACGCAGGACGGCUCUCGGCUGGUGUGGGUACAGUGGAACCAUCCCAACAUGCCGUGGGACGAAAAUAAGAUGUUCGUGGGGGAGCUGAACGGAGGAAGGGGCGGGGGCAUGGCCAUCAGCAGGUUCUUCCAGCAUGGCAGUAUGAUGAUGCCGUCCUUCGACCAAAACAACGAACUGUUCUACGUCCACGACUCGACUGGUUGGUGGAACCUCUACUGGGUGAACCGACGCGGAUUCGAGAUCAACCUGACGCCACAGUCCCAGGAGGUGGGCUGGCCAACCUGGAGACUCGGGCGCCAGGCGUAUGACGUAAAUCCCCGGCUUGGUGCGAGAGAGGCUGUUGUUAUCUGUGGUCACGACCUGACCGUCGUGGACCUGCGCAAAAAAGAGCGUCGCAUUAUCAAGACAAGCUACACGAGCUACAGCCUCGGCGUGGCGUACUCCAAGGCCGGGGACAAGGUGUAUACAGUGGCAGGUGACGGGACUCGGCGGCCUCGCUUGGUGGAGGUGGAGGUCAGCUCGGGUCACGUCAGGAACGUAGGCGGGGCGCCAGAGGACGGGCUGGAGGAGGGCUACAUCAGCACGGCGCGCCUCUUCCAGUUCCCCACCACGCAGGGAGACUUUGCCUACGGCUGCCUCUACACCCCGAAGAACAAGGACUACCAUGCUCCCCUCGGCACGCAUCCCCCCCUGCUGGUCAAGGUUCACGAGGGUCCCACCGGCGCCGCCUCCACUACCCUCAACCUCAACUACCAGUUUUUCACCUCGCGGGGCUUUGCCAUCCUGGACGUUGAUUAUCGCGGCAGUACCGGCUACGGCAAGCUGUACCGUAACAAGCUGAACGAGAUGUGGGGCGUGUACGACGUGGAUGACGUGCUGGCCGGCGCCUCGCACCUGGUGGAGAAGGGACUGGUGGACGGGGCGCGGCUCAGCAUCGACGCCAGCUCGGUGGCGGCGUACACCAUGCUGUCCGCCCUCACCGUCCCGGGCUCCAUCUUCAAGGCGGGUGCCAGCUACUCUGGCGUGUCAGACCCCGAGACAAUGGCCACCAACGCUCACAAGUUUAAGAGAAACUACAUGGAGGCGCUGAUCGGCAACCUGGACCGCCACAAGGACCGCUACGUCACCAGGUCACCGCUGCGAAACUACGAGCGCCUGGAGGUGCCCAUGAUCUUCCUCCACGGUGCCGAAGAUAAGGUGGUGCCGCCCGAGCAGGUGCGUGACAUGUACGAGCUGGUGCGUAGUAAAGGCCUGCCCGCCGCCUUUGUCGUCCUUGAGGGUGAGGGCCACGUGAUCACACGCCCGGAGUCGCUGAAGAAGGCGUUGGAGGCAGAGUAUUACUUCUUCGCCAAGGUGUUUAAUUUUACCUCUCCUGCAAUCGCCUCUGACAUCACAAUAGACAAUAUUGACGUGUGGACAAACGAGGAAUGAGAGCCACCGAGGACGUCGGCCGCCGACUGGACACAAUAAACGGACUGGUGCGUCUGCCUCACUCUGGGCGCCUCUUGAAGCUCUUAGUGCGGCAGGGACUGUUUUUCUUUGGAAAUGCAAUCGAAACUAAUAAUUAAGAAAACAAAUUUAAAGAUG